UUAUUUUAUUUGGUGCGUCAGCAGAGUCAACAAAAAGUUGGUAAUAUCUGAAUUAGUUGUCAGUUUAAAGAUUCUAGUGGUAGUAGCAUGUUUGGUGCAACGUUAAAUGAAAGAAGUCAUUGGGCUAUGCUAGCCUUAGGCCUGGGUAUAUUCCUUAGUCUUGUUUACCCUAACUUUACAGCCGAAGUAACGACCAAAACUAAUAAUGCGGAGAGCUUAGUAACCCUUCCUCAGAACUGUAGCUGCUCUAUAAAGAUGUCCUGCACCUGCUGCCAGAGUGUGGCUGUAAAUGCUGUGAAACUAACGAAAACAGGUACGAAAACGAUUCAAUAUUCUACUCAGUUUCUUUUAACAUUUGCUUUAAAGUUUGCAUGAUAUUUAAAAUCAAUUUGUUUGCCGGCAAUGCGGACAUCACAAUUAACUAUGAGGGUAAGACGCUGACCAAGAUGACACUUGAUCCCAAGAAACCACCCAGCGUCUGCUUGCCCGUGGUGUCAAAGUACACACCCUUGGACUUAUGCGUAAAGUUCAAUGCAAAGCUGGAUGGAUUGACAGACAUGAAAAUUUGCUCAGUGCUGUAUUGCAGCAACGACGGCAAGCAGAUAAUGCAAUAUGAUUUUCCCUGCAUCAAGGCAGGCGCGAAUGGUGUAAGCAUGGCCUAAUGGCCUGGCCACUGCUAAUGCUCACUGCUCAGAGUUAAUAAAAACAAAAAGUGUAUCGUUUGAAUGCUUUAUUUUCGCUUCUCGUUUAGAUAUAAGUUUAAUGGGUAUGUCUAAAAAGAUGUUGCAGCUAAGUUAAGUUAAGUCAAGGAGUUAAAGCACAAUUCAUUAUCAAUCAAGCAAGAGCUCUGUAUAUACAAACAACUAGUGCAGCUUAAGUAUAGGCCUUAUAGGUGUUACAGCUAAUUGCGUUAGUCUGAGAAUCAAUUAGUUGGGGAGAAAAACAAAAAGUUAUAUAUGUAUGUAUGCUGAGCCCGUCAUGCCUUGAAUCCCAAAAA